AUGGCUGAUACAGAAGUAGCAAUGCCUAGUAUUAGUGGUGUUGCAGGUGUUGAUACAGAAAUUGAUUUAUAUGCAGAUGUAGUUGAAAAUGAAUUGGAAACAGAAACUGAUGAUCAUUAUGGACUUCAAAGUGAACAUUUACAGCAAGAUGCUGAUCUAUACGAUGAUGUUAUUACUACACAUCCAUCUGGAACUGAUUUUACGGAUAUAACAAAUACAGUCCAUCAAAACAUUAUUAAGAAUGAUCAUUCAAUUGGCUUGGGUAAUAGUGGGCAUUCGUCAUCGAAUACAUAUGGUGGAAAACGUGUAUCACUCUAUGUUGGUCAACUUACUUGGUGGACAACAGAUGGUGAUUUAGCUGAUGCUAUUCAUGAUCUAGGAAUCAACGAUUUACUUGAAGUUAAAUUUCAUGAAAAUCGUGUCAAUGGUCAAUCAAAAGGCUUUGCUCUUGUUACUGUUGGUUCUGACACAUCAUCUCGAGCCUUAAGUGAAAAAUUACCGAAACGAGAAAUUCAUGGACAAACACCAUCUAUUUUACCAUUUAAUAAAAAUUCAUUAACUUUUCUUGAUGGUGCUACUCGUAAAGAUGGACCUAUGGAACCAAUGCCAUCAAUGGGUGCACCACCGCUUCGUCCUAUGAUGCAUCCACCAAUGGGUCUUACAUUACCAAUGCAUCGUGGUGGUCCUAUGGAUGGACCCUAUCGUUUUCCACCACAAGGACCUGUUAUGUUACCUGGAGGACCAGGUGGUAUGGGCCGUCCACAAUUACAAAUUGCUCUUGGUCAACGUGGACCUGUACCUGGUGGCCAGAUGAUUCUUGGACGAAUGCCAGGUCCACCUCCACCCGUUGGUGUUCAUCCACAACAAUCUGUUCUUGUUAUGCAACAAUCACAACGACCUUCUGGACCUCCCGGUAGCAAUGGACCUCCUUUUGCUCGACAACCUAUGCGACCUGGAACACCAGGCGUACCUGUAUCUUCAAGUUCUAUGCAAGUUAUGCCUGGUCAACAUCCACCUAGUUACUAUCCCGGUCAACCGGUACAAUCCCAAGGCGCUCCUCCACAUGGUCUUCCUAUGUCCGGUCAACCACAUGCUGACCCAUAUUAUCGUGGUGUUGAAAAUCCAGGUAGUAUGGUACCUAUAAGUGAAGCCGAAUUUCAAGAAAUCAUGGAACGUAAUAAAACUGUAUCGAGUAGUGCUAUUGCUCGAGCCGUUCAAGAUGCAUCUGCCGGUGAAUUUGGUACAGCUAUUGAAACAUUAGUUACAGCUGUGUCACUGAUUAGACAAUCAAAAAUUGCUCAUGAUGAUCGAUGUAAAAUUUUAAUUAGUAGCCUUCAAGAUACUCUUAAAGGUAUUGAAGAUAAAUCUUAUGGACAACGCGCACGUCAUCGAAGUCGUUCUGGAUCACCUCGUGAAUCACGUAAGAAACAUCGUCAUCGUUCCCGUAGUCCACGUGAUCGAAAUGAAUAUCGACGUAGUAGUGAAGAUUAUGAUGGAAAAUAUAGUCGUGAUCAUCGGCGACGAUGA